AUUCCCAAUUCCCCAAUUCCCCUCCCUCCCCCCGAUUCCCAAUUCCCCUCCCUCCCCCCGAUUCCCAAUUCCCCAAUUCCCCUCCCUCCCCCCGAUUCCCAAUUCCCCUCCCUCCCCCCGAUUCCCAAUUCCCCUCCCUCCCCCCGAUUCCCAAUUCCCCUCCCUCCCCCCGAUUCCCAAUUCCCCAAUUCCCCUCCCUCCCCCCGAUUCCCAAUUCCCCUCCCUCCCCCCGAUUCCCAAUUCCCCUCCCUCCCCCCGAUUCCCCUCCCUCCCCCCGAUUCCCAAUUCCCCUCCCUCCCCCCGAUUCCCAAUUCCCCUCCCUCCCCCCGAUUCCCAAUUCCCCUCCCUCCCCCCGAUUCCCGAUUCCCCUCCCUCCCCCCGAUUCCCAAUUCCCCUCCCUCCCCCCGAUUCCCAAUUCCCCUCCCUCCCCCCGAUUCCCAAUUCCCCUCCCUCCCCCCGAUUCCCAAUUCCCCAAUUCCCCUCCCUCCCCCCGAUUCCCAAUUCCCCUCCCUCCCCCCGAUUCCCAAUUCCCCUCCCUCUCCCCGAUUCCCCUCCCUCCCCCCGAUUCCCAAUUCCCCUCCCUCCCCCCUAUUCCCCUCCCUCCCCCCGAUUCCCCUCCCUCCCCCCGAUUCCCAAUUCCCCUCCCUCCCCCCGAUUCCCAAUUCCCCUCCCUCCCCCCGAUUCCCAAUUCCCCUCCCUCCCCCCGAUUCCCGAUUCCCCUCCCUCCCCCCGAUUCCCAAUUCCCCUCCCUCCCCCCGAUUCCCAAUUCCCCUCCCUCCCCCCGAUUCCCAAUUCCCCUCCCUCCCCCCGAUUCCCAAUUCCCCAAUUCCCCUCCCUCCCCCCGAUUCCCAUUCCCCUCCCUCCCCCCGAUUCCCAAUUCCCUCCCUCCCCCCGAUUCCCCAUUCCCCAAUUCCCCUCCCUCCCCCCGAUUCCCAAUUCCCCAAUUCCCCUCCCUCCCCCCGAUUCCCAAUUCCCCUCCCUCCCCCCGAUUCCCAAUUCCCCUCCCUCCCCCCGAUUCCCAAUUCCCCUCCCUCCCCCCGAUUCCCAAUUCCCCUCCCUCCCCCCGAUUCCCAAUUCCCCUCCCUCCCCCCGAUUCCCAAUUCCCCUCCCUCCCCCCGAUUCCCAAUUCCCCUCCCUCCCCCCAGUUCCCAAUUCCCCUCCCUCCCCCCGAUUCCCAAUUCCCUCCCUCCCCCCGAUUCCCAAUUCCCCUCCCUCCCCCCGAUUCCCCUCCCUCCCCCCGAUUCCCAAUUCCCCUCCCUCCCCCCGAUUCCCAAUUCCCCUCCCCCCCCCCCGAUUCCCGAUUCCCCUCCCUCCCCCCGAUUCCCGAUUCCCCUCCCUCCCCCCGAUUCCCAAUUCCCCUCCCUCCCCCCGAUUCCCAAUUCCCCAAUUCCCCUCCUUCCCCCCGAUUCCCAAUUCCCCUCCCUCCCCCCGAUUCCCAAUUCCCCUCCCUCCCCCCGAUUCCCCUCCCUCCCCCCGAUUCCCCUCCCUCCCCCCGAUUCCCAAUUCCCCUCCCUCCCCCCAAUUCCCCUCCCUCCCCCCGAUUCCCAAUUCCCCUCCCUCCCCCCGAUUCCCAAUUCCCCAAUUCCCCUCCCUCCCCCCGAUUCCCAAUUCCCCUCCCUCCCCCCGAUUCCCAAUUCCCCUCCCUCCCCCCGAUUCCCAAUUCCCCUCCCUCCCCCGGAUUCCCAAUUCCCCUCCCUCCCCCCGAUUCCCAAUUCCCCAAUUCCCCUCCCUCCCCCCGAUUCCCAAUUCCCCAAUUCCCCUCCCUCCCCCCGAUUCCCAAUUCCCCUCCCUCCCCCCGAUUCCCCUCCCUCCCCCCGAUUCCCAAUUCCCCUCCGUCCCCCCGAUUCCCAAUUCCCCUCCCUCCCCCCGAUUCCCAAUUCCCCAAUUCCCCUCCCUCCCCCCGAUUCCCAAUUCCCCUCCCUCCCCCCGAUUCCCAAUUCCCCUCCCUCCCCCCGAUUCCCAAUUCCCCUCCCUCCCCCCGAUUCCCCUCCCUCCCCCCGAUUCCCCUCCCUCCCCCCGAUUCCCAAUUCCCCUCCCUCCCCCCGAUUCCCAAUUCCCCAAUUCCCCUCCCUCCCCCCGAUUCCCAAUUCCCCUCCCUCCCCCCGAUUCCCAAUUCCCCUCCCUCCCCCCGAUUCCCAAUUCCCCAAUUCCCCUCCCUCCCCCCGAUUCCCAAUUCCCCUCCCUCCCCCCGAUUCCCAAUUCCCCAAUUCCCCUCCCUUUCCCCGAUUCCCAAUUCCCCUCCCUCCCCCCGAUUCCCAAUUCCCCUCCCUCCCCCCGAUUCCCAAUUCCCCUCCCUCCGAUUCCCCUCCCUCCCCCCGAUUCCCCUCCCUCCCCCCGAUUCCCAAUUCCCCUCCCUCCCCCCGAUUCCCGAUUCCCCUCCCUCCCCCGAUUCCCAAUUCCCCUCCCUCCCCCCGAUUCCCAAUUCCCCCCCGAUCCAAUCCCUCCCUCCCCCCGAUUCCCAAUUCCCCUCCCUCCCCCCGAUUCCCAAUUCCCCUCCCUCCCCCCGAUUCCCAAUUCCCCAAUUCCCCUCCCUCCCCCCGAUUCCCAAUUCCCCAAUUCCCCUCCCUCCCCCCGAUUCCCAAUUCCCCUCCCUCCCCCCGAUUCCCCUCCCUCCCCCCGAUUCCCAAUUCCCCUCCGUCCCCCCGAUUCCCAAUUCCCCUCCCUCCCCCCGAUUCCCAAUUCCCCUCCCUCCCCCCGAUUCCCAAUUCCCCUCCCUCCCCCCGAUUCCCAAUUCCCCUCCCUCCCCCCGAUUCCCAAUUCCCCUCCCUCCCCCCGAUUCCCAAUUCCCCAAUUCCCCUCCCUCCCCCUGAUUCCCAAUUCCCCAAUUCCCCUCCCACAGCAGCACAUGCAUCCGCACACAUCGGGCACUCGAGCCAAGUCAACGGCGACAACUUCUGGGCAGCCCAAGAAAAGCAUGAGCCAAGGGCGUAA